AUGUGUCCCGACGACAGCGCCGUAGAUCCAGCACCAGCUGCUUCGUCGCCAACCGCACCUGCUGUUGGCUCUCAGCCAAACGCAGAAGCUGAGCAGGGCGGCUUCAUUGCAGCCGAGGAGGUUACUGAUGAUGAUGCAUCCCAAAGCGGUGCUUCGUCUACCAGCAGCUUGACCAGCUCGAUCCUCGACUAUCGAAUUGAGAAUGGGAGAACUUACCAUAAGUACAAGGACGGCAAAUACUGGGUUCCCAACGAUGAGAGAGAGAACGACAGACUUGACUUGCAACAUAACUUGUUCAUCCGCACGUUUCAUGAUCGCCUAGGUAAUGCCCCGCCUACGGACGCAGGCGCCAAGGUUGGACGAGUUCUCGAUAUCGGAACUGGCAGUGGGAUUUGGGCCAUCGACUAUGGCGAAGAGCAUCCCGAAGCAGAGGUUCUCGGCGUUGACCUCUCUGCUGCUCAACCAGAGUUUGUUCCGCCGAAUGUGCGGUUCGAGAUUGAUGAUGUCGAGGAACCCUGGAUCUUUACUCAAAACUUCGACUACAUCCAUUGCAGGAUGAUGACUUGGAGUAUCAGCGAUUGGAGGAAGCUGUUUAAGCAGUGUUUUGACAACCUGAACCCCGGAGGUUACUUGGAAGCCAACGAAGUUGACCUCAUCCCCCUCUCGGACGAUGGUACUCUCAGCGAGGAUUCCAAUUUCAUGAAAAGUGUCCGACUAUGGGGCUCGGCCGCAGAGAUCUUUGGGCGUCCCUUUGCAGAUACACGCCGGCUAAAGGACUACAUGGAAGAGGUCGGCUUCGAGGACGUUCAGAUGAAGAGAUUCAAAUGGCCCACAAACACGUGGCCGAAGGAUCCCCAUUACAAGGAACUCGGCGCAUGGAACCUCGAAAACAUCUCGCCCGCCUGGGAAGGGUUCCUGAUGGCUCCCCUGACGCGCGCUCACCAGUGGACAAGAGAAGAGGCUCUCAUCCACAUCAUGGAGGCCAGGAAGGACAUUGCAGACAGGAGAAUCCACGCGUACUUCCAGAUCUGGUCUAUAUACGGAAAGAAGCCCGAGAAGGCUGUUGAUACGACUGAGAACUAA